AAGUCCUCUUCAAAAGCUUGUCAAAGAUUGUCCAUUUGACCAUGGGUUUGCCGCAGAUUCUUGUCGGCACUCCGUUGCCUUCAAAGGUCGACGAAGCCGAUUUGUACAAUUUCGUGUCAUCCCAAGCAGGGUUCCAAAAGCUUCUCUAUGCGAAACCAUACCAUAUCGUUCAAUAUGCAACAGCCGCAGCCUGUGAACAAGCUGGCAAAGAGCUUCAGUUGCUUUCGUCGCGUCUCUCUCUGUUAAAGGAUCUGCCAGGGCAGCAUCCACCAUCGGAUCUUGUGGACUUGGCGCCCGAAGUGGAGAUGAACUUAACCUCAAAAAUCUUAUUCAUACCGCGAAAGGCUCCACUGGGCAUCGCAGUCGUUGAAAAGAUUGUAUCUAACUUUGCGGGGUUUAAAUCUAUAACUUCGGAAACUCGUGGAUAUUCCAUCCAGUUCAAUGAUCCUGGUUUUGCAUCGAACGCCGCGAUCGAAAUCGCCGAGACCACAAACCUAGGUAUACACUACGCAAUCGAUACUACCUAUUACCCUGAGGAGGAUGUAACCAAAAUGCCCUUUUUGCGUCUGGGAAAUACUGGCCACAAUGUUAAUCAGAUAACCAAUUAUUUGUACUCGUUUCCGGGGCUUUUUCGCAUUAUCUUGGGACGGUGCGAAGGAGCUGAAGAGUUGACUUUCUAUGCGGGAUUCGCGGACUUGCCCUUUGCUUAUGCGGCCAGUAUACAGAUGAAGCGAGGCCCGCUCACAGCCACAAUCGCAGCUCCCAAUGAAGUGGGCCGCUGGAUGUCACCGCAGAAGCUGGACCUUGACGCGGGCGAGUCAACUAUUCAUAUCAAGUUUCCUUUCAAGCUACCUGACCUCACUGCAAAGUACGUGGAGCAGUGGUUGCAAACCUACAAUGGAAUCGUCCCUGGCGUCAAGAUAUUGCAAGGAAAGGAAUUCAGUUGCUGCAUUGCCAAGUUUACCAGAUCCAUGUAUGCGCGUCACGCAGUGGAGCAUCUCGUGAACAGUACCAAUAUGAUCAUUACAUUCACAUCUGGCAAUUGCCCGACGGACUGCUCUAAUUCAGGGCAUAACAACGUCGUUCUAAUGGAUAAGUAUUCUGAAAAAGAACAGUCACUAGGUAUUAGGUGCGCAUCGGAAAGGGGGACAAGUGCAAUCUCAACAUCCACGACUCCUCGUGAGAAGAUUAUCGAAGAUCUCAAUAUUCAAGUUGUUCCUAAGGUGAAAGUCAGCAAUACUCUGCCAGGAUCUCGGAUCGCCGCCAAAGAUGAUAGCAUCGGGGUUGAACAAGCAUCAUCCUUGGAGAAAUCUCAAGAACACGCAGGUCAUAGUAAAUGUAUCCAGGCAACCUCGACCACCACAGUGCCAAGCCCAGUUCGUCAUGACCAUACUGAUAAAGACAGAGGCGAUCAGGCUGGGCUUGCAUCGCCAACUCUUCGUAUUAUCACCAGCAGGAUUGGCGAAGCCGACCUUCACCCGCUUUUGAAAUGCAUGAACGGUUAUGUGACUCUCCACAAAGUGGCCAGUGGCACCUUUCUCGUUAGUUUCGAGACUGUUCAGGAUCUGCACAGCGCAGCUCGCGCUUUGAAGUGCAUGAGGCUUCUCUCUCCUGACACUCUGGACUGCACAGUGUUCACAGAUGUGCCAUCCGAAGACAUUGCCGAGCGGCUCGCCCAAUCUUUCGACGGCUUGGCAAUCGCGGUCGAAGAGGAUCAUCCCAUCAAAGCAGAGUGUUGAUAAUACUGAAAACCAUUGGCGCGAAAUUGAGAUUGUUGGGAUAGCCGGACGUAAAGAUCCAGCUCAAUGAUAUGAUUGAGAAGGCUGCAGUGCAAAUUACUCCAUAGCUUUGCAUAUUGCUAUUAUAUGGAUUAUAAAGUAGCCUCAACAAUGUCAUAAACUUUGCUGUCUAUAACGGAAAGAAUGUUUGCGCAACAGAUACCGGA